AUGUCCCUGAAGCAGGAAAUCGAAACAUGGGUCCAAGCCCUCGCACACUAUGACAAUAAUGAAUUUGAGGAGGCUCUCAAGAUAUUCUCUAAUAUUUCCGACACCUCGAGAAUUCUGUUCAACUGUGGUGUAAUAUACGCUACGUUGGGCGAGCACGCAAAGGCUGUCGACUAUUACCAGCAAGCUAUCGCUCUGGACAAGUAUUUCGCUAUUGCUUACUUCCAAGAAGGUGUCUCGAAUUUCCUCCUCGGAGACUUCGAGGAAGCGCUCGUCAACUUCAAUGACACGCUGCUCUACCUGCGAGGGAAUACGUCUAUUGAUUAUGACCAGCUGGGGCUGAAGUUCCAGCUGUUUUCCUGCGAAGUGCUGUUCAACCGUGGGCUGUCGUACAUCUAUCUAAACCAGAUCGAACAAGGGAUGCAGGAUCUGGAUUUUGCAUCCAAGGAAAAAUUCAAGCCCGAUCAUGAGGUCAUUGACGAAGCGAUCAGGGAGAAUGCUGAGGGCUACACUGUUUUCUCGAUCCCAGUCGGCGUCGUUUACCGUCCUAGUGAAGCAAAGGUGAAGAAUCUCAAGACAAAGGAAUAUCUAGGCAAGGCAAAGCUGGUAGCAGCCUCAGAUCGCGGAAAUGCUUUCGUCGGAUUCCAAGGCUCCGAAAUCAAGAGAACAAGAACGCUCGACACUUCAAAGGACGACAGACCUCCAGAUGCUAUUUCGUAUGCAGCUACCAACCUCGUACAGAAGAACUUGGUCAGCAAAACACGACAACAGUCAGAACCCCCAAUCAAUCGCAACAUGUUUCCCCCUACACCUCCUCCGGAUGCCUCGCAAUCGUUUUUCGGUGCAAACUCCAAUGGCCCCCCCAAACCCCUCCGGUCUGGUUCGCUACGUGAGCCACCAUUCGCUGUUGUCCGAAAUCCAACAGUGGGCGAUGUCCCUCCAGUCGACAGAUUACGACUCGGGCCUUCUCGAUCGGUUUCUGAGUCUCGAAAUCCAGGCAUGAAGCCACAAUUUGCCGCAAAGCCGCCCAAUGGAAACAAUCAGUCUCAAUAUCCCCCUCCGGGAGGAAAUCGCCGUCCAAACUUUAUGCCGUUGUCCGAGGAGGAAGAUACCGGUGCCGUCUACGACAUGUAUGCUCGCCCCGAAGCGCCUCGGAGCGUCUACGCCCCACGAUAUAGAAACCCCAGACAGCCGCAACAGCAACCGCAACAACAACGGGUCUACGGCGAAGAUGACAACUACGACAGCGACGCCUACGAAGACGAUUCCAUCGGCGAGACACAGUUCGAGAUGAUGGGCCCGCAGCGGCGCCGCACCACGGGCUCCAAACGCUCCGACAUCAAGAAGAUCCGCGUAAAGGUGCACGCGGACCAGGACACGCGGUUCAUCAUGAUCGGCCCCGCCGUCGAGUUCGGCGUGCUCGAGGGCAAGAUCCGCGAGAAGUUCGGCUUCAAGUCGCGGCUGAAGAUCAAGAUGCGCGACGACGGCGACAUGGUCACGCUGGGCGACCAGGACGACUUGGACAUGCUCCUCUCAGCGACGCGCCAGGCGGCGAGGAAGGAGAGUCUCGAUAUGGGUAAAUUAGAGAUUUGGGUCAACGAACAGUAA